AUGACAGACUCAAAGCCCCUCGUCUUCUAUGACAUCUCCUCACCAAUACAACCUCGCUCUUACGCACCCAAUCCCUCCAAAGCCCGUCUAGCCCUUAGCUUCAAGAAAGUUCCCUUUAAAACAACAUGGGUCGACUUAUUGGACAUCACCACCGUCCGCAAGGGGCUUAAUUGUCCAGCCACACGCAAGUUGGACGAUGGCUCAGACUACCACACCCUACCCAUGCUACAAGACCCUUCCUCCAACAAGACCAUUGGGGACAGUUUCGACAUUGCAAACUACCUCGAAGACACGUUUCCAGAUUCUGGCGGCUGUCUCUUUCCGAAGGACUCCAAGGGCACAGGACUGGAUUAUGAGAGCCCGAAUAAAGAUACCAUGUUCUUUGCGCCUCUGACGCUAAACGAGGGUGCGAAGAAUGAGGCGUAUGCAAAGUUCAACACGCAUGUUGAUGCGACGUUUUCUGCGCAUGUCAUCCUUGUCUCGCAGUAUAUGCCGUUUAAUCCUGAGACUGCAGAGGCCGUAAAGGCGCAAAUGUGUAAGCGAGCGCAUUUGGAGUCUUGGGAUAGUGUAAGCGUUCAGGGCGAGGCUAGGGAACAGCUCAAGGUGGCGUUCAAGGCGGCGCUGAAGUCACUAGCAGACUUCUUUGUGGUAAAUGAGGGGGGGCCCUUUUUGGAGGGCGAAAAGGCGAACUAUGCGGAUUUAAUUGUGGGUGGGUGGUUGAACAUGAUGGCGAAGUGCAUGCCAAAGGAGGAAUGGGAGGAUUUCAAAGAAUGGCGUGGGGGUGUGUUUGGGAGGUUGCACGACGUAUUGCAGGAGAGGUAUUUUGUGUGUGUAUGA